AUGGAUCGUAUCUACCAUCUCUAUCAGGCUCUCCAAAGGAUGUCUGCGCCUGCUCCUCCUCCUGCUGCUGCUGCUGCUGCUGAGAGGAGUGUCCAACGGUGUUCAUCCCCUGACUCUGGGUAUGGACCUGCGCCCGACCCCGAAGAUAAGGAUGCUUUCGAGGCUUAUCGUCGAUCUUGCUGGCUGCAGUACUACCAACACAUGGCUUCACUCCAGACCCCAGGGCAGUCGGCUCCUCAGCAGCAACAACAGUCGAAGAAGCGUCCAGCUGCCAUUCCUAGUGUGGACGAGGAUGAAGAUGAUGAUAUCAACAAGGAACUGCUCGGCCUCUAG